AUGGAUCGACCGAUAAGCAAGUUGCUGGAGAAGCUGAAGCUUACAGACUCUGGAAGCGUGAAGCUCAACAGCCCCAAGAAAAAGCACGAUCCGGCUGGAAACAUCAACAACAGCAACGGGAACAGCGGAGGUUUGGCAACUCAGGUUCCUCAGCAGUCCUCAGUCCAGCCGGAGGAGCAAGCGGCGGCUCAUGCUUCCGCUUUGGCGCCGCUGAGGCGUCGAUCGCCCCAGCAGAGGGCCUCGUGUUACCUGGGAGAAGGCCUGGAUUCUCACCUGAGGCGGGAGGCGGGCCCGGAGUGCGAUUCUGCGGGACACGACGAGUCUUUGAACCGGCGCCGAUACUCCCUGGAGCUUCAGCAGCUGGUCCGCAGGCAGCAGCUCCUAUCCCAACCGCCGCCGUACCCAGUUAACGUCAGUUACGGUUCGGGCCCCAGAGGCGCAGCUGAGACGGGAUACCUCUCGGAACCGGAGAGACACAAACGUCUGUCGCUCCAGGAAGCUUUGUUCUACAAACGCCUGAGCACGGGGAGCGAAAUGUGGGAGAGCCCGCGACCUGCGUCCCUGUCUCAUCCGCCGCAACGCCCGGCCGAUGCUUUCUUCUACCCGCCGGGGCCCGCCCUGAGCCCGUGCUCGUCCUUCAGCCUCCAGGAGUCCGUGUUGGUCAGCCCCCGGUCCAGCUUCGCCUCCAGCACAGCCAGCGGAGGCGGAGGGGGCGGGAGCCCCAUGGGCAGCCGCUGCAGCAGCAACCGAACCAGCGGAAUCAGCCUGGGCUACGACUCCCGUUACUCCAACCCGCCCCAACGGCAGUCCCCGUCCUCGCAGACGGGGCCCGUUUACGGAAGAACCCCCGUGGAGGCUUGGACUCAAUACCUGGACACGCGUCAGUGCGCCUACGAUACCCGGCACUCCUACCCGCCUGCCGUGGGGAGCCCGGCCGCCGCGUGUUACCCAGCAGGACCGGAGUGGUGGGACGAGCAGAGGUCCAGAGGCAAAGAAGGGGGCAUCGCGCUAGGCGAGAAGAGCCGCCACUCGGACCUGCCCGGGAUGCGCUAUCAAGAAGAGCUGACUAGACUUCUUCUGAGGGACGCGGCUCUCGAGGGUGGGGGUCUCCUGGAGGGCCUGAUGCUGAAAGAACAGUCGGCAACACCAACGGCUCUAUCCAAACCUGGCGCGGCACCAGUACCAUCACCCGCCGGGGUGCCGCAGAUCAAAGCCCAGGAGGAUCUCGGGGCGGCCGCCGGACGUGAAGCUACGGAGAACCGUCAGGAAUUCUUUGGUACCUGCAUCAAAUGUGGCAAAGGUGUGUACGGCGCAGACAACGCCUGCCAGGCUCUGGAUAGCCUUUAUCACACGCGAUGCUUCACCUGCGUGUCCUGCGGACGCGCUUUGAGGAAUAAGGACUUUUACAACGUCAACGGCUCGGUUUACUGCAAAGAAGAUUAUAUGUUUUCGGGAUUUCAGGCUGCCGCCGAGAAGUGCAGCGUGUGUGGACAUCUCAUUCUGGAACAGAUCCUGCAGGCGCUGGGGAACUCGUACCAUCCCGGCUGCUUCCGUUGCGUGGUGUGCUCCAAGGCCUUGGACGGCGUGCCCUUCACCGUGGACCAGCACAGCAACAUCUACUGCGUGGCCGACUACAACAAGACUUUCGCCCCCAAAUGUGCUGCCUGCUUGCAGCCCAUUUUGCCCACCGAGGGCAGCGAGGAGAUCCUCAGGGUGGUGUCCAUGAAUAAGGACUAUCAUUUCGAGUGCUACCACUGCGAGGAGUGCGGCAAGCAGCUCUCAGAUAAGCCCGGCUCGCAGUGCUUCCCGCUGGACUCUCAUCUGCUCUGCCACCCGUGUCACGUGAGCCGGGUUUGCGGCGGCGGCAACUGA